AUGCACACCAAAUGUGAUAACCUGUCCAUCCCAUUGUGGCUCCAUAACCACAACCGUAUACACGGUAAAAAAGUGGAUAGCAGCACUACAAAGACUUGCGCAGAUCCUGUUUCUUGUGUUACUGGGAGCAUGAAUUCUGGACAAAGCAAAGUGACCCUCAACUCCCAGUGCUGUAAUAUAGAUUUAUGCAACAAUGUAAAUGCACCAGAUUUGCCACUAAAGCCUUUUAAUGGGAAGAAAUGUUUCACCUGCAAUGCCACUACAGACUGCACACGUACGAUGGCUUGUGAGGGUGAUGAGACUCAGUGCUUUAUUACAACAGCUGAAGUCAAUGGAAAGAAGGUGACCAUGAAAGGAUGUUCAAGCAAGUUGCUCUGUGGGAACGGAACACUGGCACUGGGAUUACCUGUACAGUCCUAUGGCUUUGGUGCUAACGUGAAAUGUUGUGACGGAAACCUGUGUAACGGCGCUCAGAGCUUGAGAGUGUAUUUCCUGAUGCUAGUACCACUUCUCUCUCUAUUUGUCUUCUGA